CGAUAACGGAGCGCCGCAGCCGAGGCGUUGCUGAGAUACCGCCGCCGUGGCCUGAGGAGGCGUCGUAGCUGCGCGGGGAGGAGGGGAGGGGGCUUCCGCAGCGUGGGAACAGGGAGAAGUUCACAAGGAAACAGGCAUGGCGAGCGGCCACAGAACUCCCAUAGGCCGUCCUCCUUCGAGAGCAGGAGUAGGGCUGCCAGCAAGGCCAUCCUCUGCAGCAAGGGUUCCAUCAGCAGCCAGGAUAGGAACAGGGAUGCCUCCCAGUACAUCAAGACCUGGUUCUCGUGCUGGUUCUUCAACUGCAAGUGGAAUCUUGUCACCUCACAUUAAAGUGGCAGACCGCCCAGUCACACAGCAGGGACUAAGUGGAAUGAAAACUGGAAUGAAAGGUCCUCAGAGACAGAUAAUGGAUAGAACUUAUUAUCUUGGACUGCUGAGAAGCAAAACCAGUGAACUCACAUCAGAAAUUAACAAGCUGCAGGAAGAAAUAAAAAUGUACAAACAAGAGAAAUCUGCUUAUUUGUCAUAUGAGAGAAGGGCAGAGGCUUUAGCUGGUGAAAUCAAAGAGUGGCAAGGUCAGCUAGAAGACUACAACAUGGUUGUGGAUCUACUUAACACCAAUGCAGACAUAGCAGAAGUGAUUCGUGAAUACAAUUUGUUAAAAGUUCAGAAUGACCGAGAUGCUCAAAGUGUGGAUAAAAUUUUCACAGAAAAACAAGCCACAGAAAAGUUAAUUCAAGCCGUGGAAGAAGAUAUUGAACGUGAAAAAGUUGCAGCAGAUGACAUAAUAAAGGACAUGACUGAGGAAAAUCAAGUUAAGUAUAUGGAGAUGAAGGCUGCAAAUGAAAAGGUGUCCCAGGAAUUGUUUGCUCAGCAGCAGGAAUUGGAUGCAUUAAGCAUAAAGGAGGUGUCUCUGAGAGCUGAAAUAGCACACUCCCAGGUGAAACUGGAGGCAGUGCAGCUGUGUGAAAAGCUCAGUGAGCUUGAAGAACAUCGGAAUCAAAUGAUUGCUGAGGACAAGAACAUGGAAUCUCCACAGGAGGAAAGGGAGAGAUUACUAAAGCAGGUUAAAGAAGAAAAUCAAGAAAUAGCAAGCAUGGAAAGACAGCUGGCAGAAGUAAGAAAGAAAACAAACCAUUUUAAAAAGGUUAUUCAACAACUUGACAUGGAUUUGGAGAAGCAUCAAGGUGAGGAAAACUGGAAAUAUAAGGAGCUGAAGAAGAAAGAAGAAAGCAUGGACAAUUUUCUUGAAACUUUUGAAGAGGUGAAGAAUCAGGAACUGGAGCGAAAGGCCCAAAUAGAAGCCAGUAUUAUUGCACUCCUGGAGCACUCAAGUAGGAAUGUGAACCACAUGAAACAAAUUUCAUCUGUUACCAAUCAAGAGUUGAAGAUUAUGCAGGAAGAUCUCACUUUCAAAUCAACUGAAAUGCAGAAGUCACAGAACACUGCUAAGUAUCUGAUUACAGAAAGUCAGAAGCUGCAGAUGGACCUGCAGAAGAUGGAACUUCUAGAGGGCAAGAUGACUGAUGAACUGGCUUCACUUAAAGAGAGAAUUGAAAAAACCACAGCAGAUUUGGAGGUUUAUAAAGAUCUGCCAGCUCUGAAAGCAUCAGGAGAAGAGAAGAAAAAGAGACUACAGGAGGAGAAGGAAAAAUUAACAAAACUUAGCCAUGGUUUCAAGAAAAUAAUGGAAACCUUGAAUGCAGAAUACGAGACCCUAAAAAGAGAGCUGCAGGAGAAUGAGACCUAUUCUCAGCUUAUGAACUUGGAGAGGAAGUGGCAGCACCUAGAGCAAAAUAACUUUAUGAUGAAGGAAUUCAUAGCAACAAAAAGUCAGGAGAGCAACUACCAGCCAGUAAGGAAGAACGUGAGAAAGCUGGUCACAGAAUACAACAAAGCACUCAUAGAAGCUUUACAGAACACCAAGAGCUGAACCCCAGCACUUCCUUCCUGACCCAGUGGACCAACAAUGAGUGAUGUGCAUAGGCAGCUCAAAAAGAUGGACUUCUGAGCUCAUUAGCUCACCACUGCUGUGAUACAUGUUCUUAAAAAUAUUUUUCCAAGUUUAUAGAAAUCUUAGGAUAGUAGAACUAUUGUUCCACUCUUUCUGCAACGUUUGAAAAUAUUCAGAAAUAAGCUUCUGGAUUUAGAAACAUAUAGAACUAAAAAGGAAAUACUCCACAGUAACUGUGAAGUCACCAUAAUAUUUUACCGAGGCCUGUUGCUGGAUUGCAUCUCAGAUGUGAAACCUCAGUCUGCUUUACACAGUGGAUGUGUAAUUAUCUUUUAUAUCAGUAAACCUUCCCUAUUUGCAUACAGUUUAUAAAAUAAAGGAAGCAUCUAAGGAUAGCAAGCAUCCUCUUAAGUCAGAAUUGUUUCAUGUUUUAAAGACUUAAAAUAAAAGCAAAUGUUCUUUAAGGAUCUGUCUGCAAUUUUUCAUUUCCCACUCAAGAACUGAUUAACUUCUAAGGCAUGUCCUUAUUACAUCUUCAACAUAAGAACAUGUGGUAAAAUUUGCAAAAUGCAGCUACUAUUAACCUUGUGCAGAGCUCUUUUAUUUUGUGGUAUUCACCAAUAAAGGAAGUAUUUUCUGUGUAGUCUUUUCUUCGGCAGGUUUCAAGCUGUAGUGUCAUACAUAAAUUCAGUUUCUAGAAAAAAACAUGUUGAAUAGAGGCUUAAAAUACCUGUAAUAUAGUUAUAAACUGCUGAUAAUUUCAUCUACUUUGCACAUUGUAAAAUAGUGCUGAGCAGAGAAAAAAAGUAUUAGGUGUGAAUCCCAGUCAUACAGUAAUCUUAAAGAAUAGUUCAAACCAAAAGGGGGGGGGGCUGUAUUACUACUGACUUUGAAGAGUUCUGCAAAAGAAGUGCAGCCUGUGCUCUACUUCAUAAAACUGUAGCAGACAACAUUCUGUUAAAAUAGAAGUUGUGUGUUUUUGUCUUUCAAUUUCUUCAAAUCUGUGAUUGCUGUUUUCAGCAUAUGGGAGAAGUAUGUAAAACAAACAUUCUGAUGAUUCUUGCUGAGAACACUGUGUUUCCAAAUUCAGCUCAGUAAAUGCUGUUGCUCUCUAAAUUUAUGUCUGUAUAAUAUUUAGUUAUAAUGGAACAGGAUUUCUAUAAACUAAGGGAUGUUAUCUAGGGGAAAUUCCCACUAAUGUCUCUUCCUUCCUGUCAAAGUUUCAGCUAUUCCAGAGAGAGCCCGUUAUUUGUUGAGAUAAAGUUGAAGUCUAAUAUUCUCACCAAUCAAACCAUCAACCAGUGAGAUCGUCUCCUGAAUUCCACUUGUUCUACAAUAACAUGGUUUAAUGAACAAUGGAAAGAAGCAGCAUGCUGAAUAAACAGGCUGCUUUAAAUUCCCUUUUACUCAGGGCAGGGAAUAGUUUUAGUCCUUGGCAGCAAUUCUGUAGGAUAGUGGGGUAAAGUUUAUAGGUUUUUGUUGUGUUCCCCAGGAGAUGCCUGUCAUAAAAAUGUUUUCUCUAAAAUGCUGAUUUGUUUCUUGUUCUGUUGGAAGUAUCCAGAUUGCCUGUUUCUGUCUGGGAAUCUUCUUGAUUGUUCCUCCGUUUAACAAAUCACUCUUACAGUCUUAGUCAUACUCCUUAUAAUAUCCCUGGCUGAAAAAACUGACAGGUUUGGAAUGAAUGAGCCACAAAGGGAGCAUUUUAUCUCCUGGUGGGAGAUUAAAUGUACUCGUUAAGAAAUCAUUCCCAGUUGUGACCUGAGAUCACUGCACCCAUAUCUAGUUUGUUUCUAA